GGAACUGAAAGAAAAUAUUAUUUAAAUUAUGGGUUAUAUGGUGUAACGUUAUCAUGAAGUGAUUUCAAUUUCAUAUUCAUCUGUUAUUAUAUAAAAAUUUGUCAAUUUGAGAACAAGUAUGUUGCACUUUCUCUGAAGAAUAGUAUGUCUGAGAAAUACGUAAAGGAUAUUUUAGAAAAAUUGGAAGAAAUCGAAAAACUUCACACGAAGCUUCGGACUUUGGUACCCAGAGUGAAAAAUGAUAAUUCCGAAAAUACCGUUUCAAUCCCUGCUGAGGAACUUUCAAAGAGGAUCAACAAGGUUGGAAUGAAGGAGGAUAAUAAGAAUUUGCCUAAACAAACACCAGUCGAUAUUCAUCGUUCUUUUGAAACGUUAAAAAAUUUAUAUAAAUCUUCAAAAACUAAUAUUAAAAACUUGGUCACGCCUCCCGAGCAUGAUUCAAGAUAUUUCAAAGGCGGUAAAUGGAGAAGAUUGAGGAGCAAUUCCGUGGAUUUUGUUAAGAAACAAUGGCAGGAAAAAGGAGAUAAAUUCAAGAAUUUCCUAUCUAACAUUGUUGAACGUGAUAUCAUUUUGGUGAGCAGAGCUUCUCAAACGUCGUCAGACACUAUAAAUCCCUCCGUAAGAAAUGAAGAGAAAACUGAAUUUUCUUCGAGGAAUAACCAGUUUCCCAAGAAGAGAAGACGCAGCGUACAGGAUCAAUUAGAACGAUUACUAGAGCAUUUUAAUUACUCCCGUGAUCCUGACCAUGCGAAUGGUAACAGAGUAUCGACGCAACGUCACAGUCUGGACAAAGACGAACCACGAAGAGUGCAGACAAAUUUAUCGAUUCCGGAUGAGCAGACUGAAACAAUGAAGAUUAUUUCAUCUGCUGAGAGAAUUUCCAUUAACAAUAAUAGAAGGUGGUCUUCGUUAGAUAAUCAAGGGCAGAAAUUUUUGAAAAAAACGUAGAAAUAGCUGAUCAGAGUAAUAAACUUAAUACAAAAUCAGAGGAUUAAUUAAAAUUUGCUAUUCGAUGUAUCAAAAUUACACUUGAUAUCUCGUGUAGUCGCGGUAGAACGCCAUCUGAAACCAGUUGGAGAAGAAACGUUGCCCAUGGGGCAGUUCUUCAAGGUGGUAGGACAGGAAGGAAAUGUUUGAAAGAAACCUUAGAGCGCGUGGGCUGGACGAUGAGAGCACCGGAAAGGCAGGUUCCACCGGAAGUCACGCAGGCCCAAACGUAACAUUACGAUCACGAGUAAACCCUUCGAUCGUGCCUCGUUUAAUUUCUGAUUUCCCGAUGAACCGGACUCGCUAAUCCCUGUUCAGUUUCUAUGAAUUAGAACUUCCUCCAUUCACUUACGUUUCUUUAAUUCGAUUAUAUAUUUCAAAAUUGUAUUUCCAACAAAAGAAAACAACUAUC